AUGAAGUUCAUUAGUCUAAUCACGUUCGCUGUUUCAAACGAGUUAGUGGAUGCGAUUUUGUGGCAUCCUAAGCUGGUAUUGGAAAAGCGUCCGUAUCUCGAGAGCAAGAGGCAUGAUGCCAGGAAGCAUAAGGACUUAUUGAAAUCUCAGGGAUGGUGGUCGACACGGAAGGAUUUACUUGACGAGGGUGAGAACUUGCCGGCCAAAUUUGACUGGAGAAAUGUCAACGGAAUCUCAUUCGUUACCCGAGAUCUAAAUCAGCACAUUCCUAAGUACUGCGGUAGUUGUUGGGCGCACGCUGCUAUCAGCAGCCUAAGCGAUCGCCUGAAGAUCAUGCGCAACGGGACAUGGCCAGAUAUUCAGUUGUCAGUACAGUUUGCUCUCAAUUGUCUUACAGAGGCGGGGACAUGUUUUGGUGGUAGCGAUCUAAUGUUAUAUGAUGAAAUCCAUAAAACGGGCGGUAUCCCGGACGAGACGUGUGAGAGUUACGUGGCGGACGACGAAGUGUGUGAAGCGCAGAAUCGUUGUCGGAACUGUUUCGGUCCUCCGGGCGCGGGGCAUUGUUUCCCACAGCCCGUGUAUGAUGUGUAUGGUGUAAGUGGUCUGGGGUACCUGGAAGGGCCCGGUCUUGAUCACCACAUGACCUCCCACAAAAGGCUGCUUCGGACCUCGCCUGGCACUACCUCGCCUAGCACUACGUCGACCAACGCUACCUUGCCCUUGGUUAGCACCCUAGGCAGCACCUCGGAUCGUCGGAUGACUAAUGCAGAUAUGGUUGCGGCUAUGAAGGCCGAGAUAUUCGCUCGAGGACCUAUCUCUUGCGUCGUUGACGCGGAGACAAUGUUCAAUCUCACAAGCACUGGAAUCGUCGACGUCCCGGGCCGGGAAGUGAACCAUGUGAUCUCCGUCGGUGGCUGGGACGUAGAGGAAACCACGCAAAAGGAAUACUGGGUCAUUCGCAAUUCUUGGGGCACCUAUUGGGCAGACCGGGGCUGGGGCAAGAUCUACACUGGACACAACUACGCCUUCAUCGAAGCAUUCUGCUCAUGGGCCAUACCCAAGCUGCCAAAUACUCGGAUCUCGCACCACCAGGAUUCUCCUCGCAUUGAAGAGCUGUAA